GGAGGCCACCUUCCUAAAAAUUAUGCCGUUCUCUGACCUGUUCUAGGUCUCACAGUUCAGGCUAAUCAUUGACAGGGCUUUUACGAUCACAAGCUUUUAGUGAAGCUUUGAUAAGACACUCCAGCAGUUCGUGGCAAAUGAAGACAGUCUGCACGGUGGGGACUCCGGCGAGUGAAUGGAUUUUUUUCAGCAUCAGAGCAAGAAACCUGACUUUUAACACUGGCACUGUAAACCAGCGUAAUGUGUGGCCGACGACUGGAGAGGUUCGUUGCUUUUUGGACAUUAGUUUUCACAAAGACAGUUACAGGGCUUGCUGGAGAGGGAAGACCUGUGUGGAAAAAGGACCCACACUUCAGCCCUGUGAGUGAAACACAGAUGUUUUUGUAUGACACUUUCCCCAAAGAGUUUCUCUGGGGUGUAGGGACAGGGGCUUUCCAGGUGGAAGGCAGCUGGAGGGAGGAUGGGAAAGGCUCCUCCAUCUGGGACCGCUUCAUCCACUCGGAGCUCAGGGAUCCUGACAGCACAGACGGUGACAGUUACACUUUGUUGGACAAAGAUUUGUCUGCUCUGGAUUUUUUGGGAGUUACUUUUUACCAGUUUUCAAUUUCAUGGUCAAGGCUUUUUCCCACUGGAGUGGUAGCAGCUCCCAAUGAAAAAGGACUCCAGUAUUAUAACACCCUUAUUGACUCUCUGCUCUACAGAAAUAUUGACCCCAUGGUUACGCUGUACCACUGGGACCUGCCCUUGAUGCUGCAAGAAAAAUACGGGGGAUGGAAAAAUGAGUCAGUGAUUGAUAUCUUCAAUGACUAUGCCACCUUUUGCUUCCAGACCUUUGGGGAUCGUGUUAAGUAUUGGAUUACAAUCCACAAUCCCUAUUUAAUUGCUUGGCAUGGGUAUGGCACAGGUAUUCAUGCUCCUGGGGAGAAAGGGAAAAUAACAACCGUCUACUCUGUAGGACACAAUUUGAUCAAGGCUCACGCAAAAGUUUGGCAUAACUACAAAAAACACUUUCGACCAUAUCAGAAGGGGAUGAUGUCCAUAGUAUUGGGAUCCCACUGGAUUGAACCUAACAAAUCGGAAGAUGCUUUGGACAUUUCUAAAUGUCAGCAGUCUAUGGAGAGAGUACUCGGAUGGUUUGCUAAACCCAUAUAUGGGGACGGUGAUUAUCCAGAAGAACUGAAAAAUAAAUUCUCAUUUUUGCCACGGUUUACUGAGGAUGAAAAAAACUACAUAAAGGGAACAGCUGACUUCUUUGCAUUUUCCUUUGGUCCUAAUAACUUUAAACCUCCAAACACUCUACCAAAAAUGGGACAAAAUUUGUCACUCAAUUUGAGGGAAGUACUGAACUGGAUUAAACUGGAGUACAACAGUCCUCGAAUCUUGAUUGCAGAGAAUGGCUGGUUCACUGACAGCCAUGUGAAAACAGAUGACACCACAGCCAUCUACAUGAUGAAAAACUUCAUUAAUAAGGUUUUACAAGCUAUUAAACAUGACAACAUAGACGUGUUCGGUUACACGGCCUGGUCACUCCUUGAUGGCUUUGAAUGGCAACAUGCUUACAACAUCAGGCGUGGAUUGUUUUAUGUAGAUUUCAAUAGCGAAAAAAAGGAAAGGAUUCCCAAAUCAUCUGCACUUUAUUAUAAACAAAUCAUACGAGAAAAUGGCUUUUUCCCAAGGGAGUCUACCCCAGGCUUGCAAGCUCAGUUCUCCUGUGACUUCUCCUGGGGUAUCACCGAGUCUGUUCUCAAGGCAGAAUCUGUGGCUUCCUCACCGCAGUUCUGUGAUUCCAGCCUGUACCUCUGGAAUGUCACAGGAGAUGGGCUCCUGCACAAAGUUAAAGGGGUGAAGCUAAGAACCCGACCAGCACAGUGCACGGAUUUUGUCAGUAUUAAAAGGCAACUUGACCUCCUAGAAAAAAUGAAAGUCACCCAUUACAGAUUUGCACUUGACUGGUCACUAAUUUUACCCAAUGGAGAUUUGUCCGUGGUCAACAGGCAAGUUCUUAGGUAUUACAGAUGUGUGGUCAGUGAAGUGCUGAAACUCAAUGUCCAGUCCAUGGUCACCUUAUAUUAUCCAACUCAUGCCUACCUGGGCCUACCAGGACCUUUGCUGCAGACAGGAGGAUGGUUGAACCAGUCUACUGCCUAUGCUUUUCAAGACUAUGCAGCUUUAUGUUUUCAGGAACUUGGCGAUUUGGUCAAACUUUGGAUUACAAUAAAUGAGCCUAACCAGCUAAGCAAUGUCUACAAUAGGAGCAGCAAUGAUACAUAUCGGGCAGCACACAAUUUAUUAAUAGCACACGCCAUGGCCUGGAGAAUAUAUGAUGAGCAGUACCGGUCCUUUCAGUAUGGCAAGGUGUCCCUGUCGCUGCAUUCAGACUGGGCUGAGCCUGCCAACCCCUACUUUGAAUCUCAUUCAAAAGCUGCCAGCAGGUUUCUUCAGUUUGAAAUAGGCUGGUUUGCCAAUCCCAUAUUUAAGACUGGGGACUAUCCAGCUAUGAUGAGGGAAUACAUCAACUUUAAAAACAGAAAAGGCCUCUCAUACUCUUCUUUGCCAUCUUUCACAAGAGAGGAAAAGCAGCUUGUCAAAGGUGCAGCUGACUUUUACGCGCUGAAUCAUUUCACCACCAGAUUUGUGAUUCAUGAACCUCAGAAUGGGAGCCAGUAUGAAUUUGAUCGUGACAUUCAGUUUCUGCAGGACAUCACGUGCCUGAGCUCCCCUUCUCGUUUGGCAGUGGUGCCCUGGGGAGUGCGCAAAGUUCUCAGGUGGAUUAAAAAAACCUAUGGUGACAUCGAUAUUUACAUCACAGCAAAUGGAAUAGAUGACCAGUCCUUAGACAACGAUGAACUUCGAAAUUAUUACCUGGGAAAAUACGUACAAGAGAUUUUAAAAGCAUACUACAUUGAUAAGGUCAAGAUUAAAGGCUACUAUGCAUUUAAACUGACUGAAGAAAAAUCUAAACCCAGAUUUGGAUUCUUCACUUCAGAUUCAAAAGGAAAGCCUUCAAUAAAAUUUUACAAUAACCUGAUCAGCAACAACGGCUUUCCUGCUGACUAUUCAGUCUGUCGUCCCUCCAACCAAGAAAGGCAGUGUAGCUUCUGCUUGUUUAUUUCUCAGAAGAAGCCAUUAAUAUUUUUUGCCUGCUGCCUUUUCUCUACCCUUAUCUUGCUUUUAACCAUUAUUUUUUUUCAAAAAAGAAAAAGAAGAAAACGUUUUAAGGCAAAAAGCAUCUGGUGCAUCUGUGUUUCAUUUUAAAAAGGGGGCACAAGCUCACUUUCAGUGAGAUCCAUCACUGUUUGGAUUCUACAGAGGACGAUGCAGAUCAGACAACUGUAGAAAAGCACUACAUGAGUCACUCCAGUCACACACCCAAGCAUUUAGUUUGAAAAUGGAAAGUAGUUGUAUGCACAGGAAGAAGAGCUAUGAUGACAUUUGUUUCUGUUGAAAUUACUUUUAUCCACCUACUGUACACAGAAAAUAAAAUGCAACUAUUAAAAAAAAUGAAAGAAGAACAUUUUAUGACUAUCCUGUGCCUUGGAAUAACUUUUCAAACAGUUUGACUUGAAAAGAUACUAAGCUGAGAGAACUGAUAUGCACUUUUCUAUGAACGUCUGGACCAAAGAGUUUUGUGAUGUAUAUUCAUGUUAUCAAUGUCGUUGAGCAUGAAACUGCAGUUGUUUGAGUUUACAAAUAAAAGUAUUAUUAAACCUCACAAACUUUCAACUACGUACACCACCAAGAAUGGAAUAUCCUGGGCCACCUUCUGAAGAUAACUUGGAUUUGUUCUUUUAGAGGUAACUCUGUUACUGACCAGCAUAACUGGAUCUCUUACAUAUGGGGUGAAGCAGAGAUCAGACAUUAACAUUUUAAGCAAAUGUAACAGGACCCACAAGAGACAAGUCAACAUAAUAUACAAUCGCUGUUUUUCAUCUCCAAAACCAGGAAGCCAUAAAAAGUUUUACUAGCAGAGAACAUCAAAAUAAAGAUUAAAAAAAAUUAAAAAUUAACCCACUCAAGAAAGUGAUGAAUGUAACUCUAAAUUGCACUUUUUCAUAGAAAUGAAUCUGUAUUACCAUCUUAGCCCUGGUCAAGCGCCAGUGCAAGCCAUGGGUGGGAUAAAACCACGAGUGUCUUGCUAUUACUGCAUUAAACAAAAGCUACCAAACCCAGGUAUAACACUCUUAAAGGAUAAAUGAAUCCACUGUGUCACUUAAACUUCUCAGGGACCAAACCUGAGGUUUCCCUUGGUCUGGUUCUGGUCAUCUCAAAAUGACCCCACCAGGUUUCUCCCGGGAACUGCACCACCAUGUAGAAUUGACAUUGGCUAGCCUUUUCAGACAUUGCAUCAAUCUUCGCUGCUCAGGCAAGUACCGCUACCUCUGGAGGGGUAGAGAAGCUGCUCUAGAAAUGGAAAGAAGGGCAAAAAGAGCCAUCAGUUAAACACCUGCUGCCUUCCUCCACUUUGCAACCUUCUUUUCCAGUGGUUAGUACCAUUUUCAAGACACAGUGAACCCCCCAACCUGUUUCCACUAGACGCUAGUUACCUCAGUCUUAAGGUCCCCAAACCAGAUAGACGCACUUUGUCUGUAGCCCAGCAUCUCUGAAGAGACAAGGCAUACAAACACAUUGGCUUUUCCAACCGCAUCUGGACACAAGAUAGCAUCAAACACAAGGUCUACGAUAAUACAUUAUGAUAAAGUCAACAAUAAUGUAAAUUAUGAAAGCGUCAUGGCCACUUACAGGCUACUGGAAACUUUGUGGAAGUGCUGCUUAAGAGGAUAUGCACAACUGACUGAACCCCAGACUCCCAGUACUUGACCCAACCUGAAGUCUCAGUUCAUAAACAUGAGACUAUUUCUCAAUUAUAUUUCAAGCAUUGGUCAACAUCACAGAAGGUUCGUUAAUUUGAAAGGUAACUACUAGUAAAACGAUGAGGGACCGGCCCAUUUUACACUACAAAAUGUUCUGCAAGCACAGCCAACAGCACAGGUAUUAGGUGGUGCGUACAUCCUUCCAUCACCCAAAGGCACUGACUAGUAAUCACUCACCGCAGCCAUGGAAUCAACCUGAAGCGUACUAUAGGGAAAUUCCUCUUGAAUCCCAUGUGCACUGGGGGAGCACAGAGAAUUCUGGAAGACUCCUCUAGCUACAUAGCUUGAACCGCUCAAGAACCAAUCUUCAAAAUGUUAAGCUGGCCAUGUAAAAUUUCCACAUCCACACAGUACUACUACUUUCCAAGGCGCAGAAACUCUAUAGAAACCCAUUGAACUCUAUAGAAUUACAAAGUGGGUGCUCUGAGCAACGUUCUGCAUUUCUUUGUCACACAUAGAUGCUUUCCUCAAUAUUAAGCUUACCCACUGAUUGCUAAGUCUGUUUAUAAACUAUCCUGGUAUUUUCUGUGAAUCUUUUUUCAAAACUGAAUUUAACAAGUGCCAAUGUGGAUUCUCCCAUAGCACAACAGCCCAAAUACAUGUUGCUACAUGGCAAGAUUAGCAUAGCAACCAAGAAAAAAAACAGUUAUAUCCCCAGAGGACACAAACCACUGUUGGUGGAACUCGGCAAUAAGCUCCGGCUGAACUGAGGUCAAGUCUUCAAACUUCUUAGUUGAGCAAUAUAGCUAAAGCAUCAUAUUGUCAGACUACUUAUUCUAUCCCUGUAUUUACUUUAAAUGGUCAUAUCAAUCUGGUUCUACUGAUUGCAGUUUUGUUAUUUAUCUAUUUCAGAUUAAGUCUUCACAAGUUUGAAUUCCCCUCCAGAAACUACACGGAAAUCAGCUUUUGCAAUUUGAGGUUCUGCAAUGAUGUGAAAGAACACUAUAGUGUCCUUUCCCCAAGAAUAAUGCUUUUGCUACUUAAGGCUACAAUUUUAAACCACCACUUCGUGGCUUUACACAAUGGGACCACAUUCUACCACCAUGAGGUUUCCAAAUCACAGACUUCAUUCAGUCUGAAUGUUCUCAGGAGACCGGUAAACCAACGUGUACACAGUGCUAACAUUAUCUUGCAUUACCCUGUGACAAUCUGCUUCUCCAAAAGGCAAAGAUCUUCAACAGGUCCACACAAUCACCAUUUAGCUCUUAAAAAAACCCAAAAGGCCAAGAUAUGAAAUAUUUUUUAUUUUAUUAACCUCUCAAGUUGUUUGUAUUUUGUAUCAGAUUCUUCAAGCUGGCACCUGCGGGUAUAAUGUCUCAUGGUGGUUUGUUUCAGGAUCCAGACAACUGUAAAUAAAAAGUUAAGAGCUUUUAGAAA